AUGGCCUCCAUCGAGCCCACGUCAAACUCCGCGCCUUCAGCGCCAGCGCCAGUGGCGCCGAAGAUUGUGAAUUCCAGCUGCCUUUGUGGAGGUCAAGUGCUGCACUUUCACCUCAUGCAGUUGGACGGUCAGAUCUUCCUCUGGAUCGGGGGUGAGAAGUUGGGCCUCGACGAUUUGCACGUGGCCCUUCCCACGCGUUUUGAUUCGCUGCCCAGUGUGGCGUCAUUGCGAGGAGAGGUGGAUGGCAACGCCAGUAGCUUGUCACAGAAGCUUUCGAGGCGCUUUGGACUGAUGGUCUUUCUGAGCCUGAACGUCCCCGACAUCGAGGGUGAAAUGAUGAAGGAGAGCACCAGAAUCCUCAAAGAUUUAUUGGAGCCCAGCGCUUGA